UACGAAAUCAUCAACAAAUGGAUAGAGACCGGUGUUGGUUCUCAGAAAAACUGUGUAUUUAUUGAUAAAGCUGGUUUUCAUUCUCAACUGAUGAGGGGGCGUGCACGGCCAAAGGUUAGCACUCCAGCAAACUUAAAAGUGCACACACAAAAAAGCUGCUAA